AUUAACGUUUUUUAAAACUUUAACUAUCUAAUUUUUCUAAUUUUUAUUUACUUAUUUACUAAAACCAACUUAAAUUUUUACACAAAAUACCAUUGUAUAAAUAGAUCAAGAAGAUAACAAUUUAAUAAAGAAUAAAUAAAAAUGCGGUUAAAUAAUGAAAACUCCGAGUAGAAAGGAGUUGGAGAAAAACUUGCCGAAACAUGUACUUUUAGUUCUUAACAAGUGUUUGUUGUUGUAUACUUCUCUGGCCAAAUUAGAGCUAGAGCUGUUCCGAAUCGCAGGAGUAUUGCUGGAUAAUCGCAUUUCAAACUUGACAAUUUUUAACGCAGAUGGUUACUUUAACCGCUAUUUAUCACUGAAAUACAAAGAUUGUAAUAAUAAAAGGUUGGAUUUUAAAGCUUUGACGGAAUUGUGUUCGGUGGAAAAUUCCUAUCUCGCUGAAGAUUUAGAUGAAUUUUAUACCACCGAUCACACACUUAUAUACUAUAUUAAUAAGGUUAACAAUGAUUUAUUUAUCUCAACUCAAAAUAAUACCAAUUAUAAAACUCAAAAGGCCCUAACUCUUGUGCUUAUUGAUAACACACAUUCACACGCGAAACUUUUAAAAUUGACUCCGAAACCAAAAUCUACAAACUUGAAUCCCACCUGGGUUCGGGAGAAAUCAAAAAAAGGUAAAAUUAUUUUAGAAUACCAAGUCCCUGAUGAAUCCUCUAUUACACAUCCAGAUAUCCAAAAGGCCUUGUGUACUUUUAAUGAUGUUACUGUAUCGUUACCUGAUUUACUAAUUUCAAUUCGCUUAACCCUAUUUGACCUAAUCACUUUCAUUUUCAACUAUAUUUACACUCUAAUUUUAAACAAGUUAAACACUUUACUAAAGCCCAUAUUUUCUAAGUUAAGGAUAAAAAACAUAAAGUUCGAUAAGGAAUUACUGAAAUCCGCAUCUGUAAUAAGACUUGGUGAUAUGUUUACAGGUGGAAUGACAGUUGUCCAUGCUUUUGGACCCUCAGGAGUUCAGCCUUGGUUCCUUUCAGAGGCUGAAAUUUACGAAGUCUUCGGAUUUAAAACUAUGCAUAUUGUAAAUUGUAUUAAUCAAUUUGCAAAUACCAUUCGAAGAUGCGGAAAAUAAUUUUCUAAUAUAUA